CCCAACUGAAGUGUUGAAAUGAAAAUGUUUUUCAAAGCGUGCCUAUUUUUAUAUAUGAUUUGUUGGGGCUGUAAGAGUAUCCUGGCAAAGAAUAUACAGCCACCAAAUAUAGUGAUAAUAAUGGCAGACGAUAUGGGUCUCGACGAUACCAGCUUCCGUGGAGCCAAAGAAUAUCUAACGCCCAAUAUAGAUGCCUUGGCUUAUCAUGGCAAAAUCCUAAAUCGUUUAUACACUCCACCCAUGUGUACUCCCUCUAGAGCGGCUCUUCUAACUGGCCUCUAUCCCAUACAUACAGGAACCCAACAUUUUGUCAUAGUAAAUGAGGAACCCUGGGGUAUAUUGGAAAAUUUCACCAGCAUGGCUGAGAUUUUCCAGGCCCAGGGUUAUUCCACCAAUCUGGUGGGUAAAUGGCAUUUGGGCAUGGCACGCAAAGAGUUUACGCCCACUUUUAAUGGUUUUGACACUCACUAUGGCUAUUGGGGAGCUUAUGUGGACUAUUUCCGCAUGAGAUCGAAAAUGCCGACCAAUUACAGUUUGGGUUAUGAUUUUCGUCGUAAUAUGGAGUUGGAAUGUGCGCCAGAGGGCAGCUAUGUUACUGAUCUGUUUACUCAGGAGGCGGAGAGUAUUAUUUUGAAGAAUAAGGCUGCCCAGCCUUUAUUUUUAGUGGUCAAUCAUUUGGCCACUCAUACAGCCAACGAUGAGGAACCCUUGCAGGCUCCACAAAAGGAAAUUGAGAAGUUUAACUAUAUACCAGAUAUCAGGAGAAGAACUUAUGCGGCCAUGGCCUCUAAACUGGAUGAAAGUGUGGGCAGAAUUGUUAAGGCUUUGGACAAGUCAAAUCAACUGAAAAAUUCUAUAAUUCUUUUCUAUUCCGAUAACGGUGGCCCUUCAGUGGGUCUGUUUAAUAACACCGGUUCGAAUUGGCCUUUAAGAGGGCAAAAAAAUUCCCCCUGGGAAGGUGGCAUACGAGUAACUGGUGCUAUUUGGAGUCCCUUGAUAAAAAAUAAGGCUUCGAUUUACCAACCACCCAUUUAUGUAGGCGACUGGUUGCCCACCUUAGCUGCGGCAGCCAAAAUCCCCUUAGAACCCUGGCAACUGAAACUGGAUGGUUUAAAUCACUGGCCUGAUCUGGUUAACUCCAAAACGGACACCUUCAGAGGCAACCACAGUGAAAGGGAAAUUGUACACAUGUUGGAUGAUAUUUAUCAAGUGAAAUCCUUUAUGAAGGGACAAUUUAAAUACAUCAAUGGCACCACCAUUGAGGGACAAUAUGAUCAUGUUUUACUGCACAGAAAUCCCAAUAUAACAGAUCCCCGGGAAGUGAACUAUGUGAAAGUGGUGCAAAAUUCUUUAGCUGGCAAGUCACUAACCAAAUAUGCUGAAAAACCUUUAACAGAACUACAAAUCAAAAGUCUAAGAACUCAAGCUCAAAUAAAAUGUGGUCAAUUGGGGUCGACUUGUGAGCCUUUAAAAGAAGAAUGCCUCUUUAAUAUUUGGCAGGAUCCAUGUGAACAAAAUAAUUUAGCAGGAAAGGUUGAAUAUAAAGAGAAAUUAAUUGAAAUGAGAAAUAGAGUGGAGGAGUUAGGACAGACGGCUAUAAAGCCGCGCAUAGGAGGUAGUGUUAUUGAGAAUGAUCCCUCGAGACAUGAUUGCACUUGGACAAACUAUUUAGAGGAGCCGGUAACGAAAUAUAUUUUGGAAUGUGACUACAAUUCACCACCCUGUAGAGCGGAAUUGUGAAAUUUGUUUGCAAUUUUAAAGGCUGAAAACUAUGAAUUUGUUUAAACGAGAUUAAAUAAAUAAAACUAUUUAGCAAAUGGAAAAUUAAAUUUUUUCAAAAUUCCUUAAAUAUAGGGAGAUUUUGGGGAUUUUGUUUAAAACUAUGGGAAUUUAAUUAAUGUAAUUAAUAACUGAUGCCAGCAUAAACAAUAAUGUUUAACGUUUUCAUAUAGUUUGUUUAAAUUUAUAAGAAAAAAUCAAAAUAUGCUUUUAUAUGCCAAAAAUAUGCUAAAAUAUGCUUUUGAAAAAAAUGUUGUAAAAUCAUUAAAAAUGCUUUUUAUAGUAAUUUUAACCAA